AUGUUUCGAAACUUGUUAAUAAUAAAUUUAAUUAUAUUGUUUUUGGCAAUAUGUUCCGAUGCAGCCUUUCUACCGGAUAUAAAGGGGAUUUUUAAUGAACCUUAUGAAGCAAAACGUGAUGCCAUCAUUGUGGGUGAACAACUUCUAACUACCGGUGGCCAUUUACUCCUCAAUAGUCGUGAACAACAAGUCAAUGACAUCUUUCUCCGCCUUAAAUCCGAAGAAUUGUCAAAUGGUUUCAACAAUGCCGAACAAAAUGCCGGCGCCAUGCAUUUCUUUAAGGCGAAGCCAUUGAUUGAAGCCAGUCCGGUUUUUCAAUUUCUUCAACAAAUGCCCAAGGGAGCAUUGCUACAUGUCCAUACUUCGGCCAGUGUGUCCUCUAAGUGGGUGGUAAAAAAUCUCUUCUAUAUGCCCGGUCUCUUGAGAUGUGUUCGAGCCGACGGUGUUAGUGUUUUGAGUUUUCGUCAUAUGCCCGAUAAACACAAUUGUGUCACUGAAUAUGUUGAAGUAAAUAAGGAAAGGCAGCAAUUUUCUGCUGGUCCUGAGGAAUAUGAUCGUGCUAUGGAGGCCCUUAUUAACUUGUAUACUCCUCAGCCGGAAGUGGACUAUUCGACCAUAAACCAAGUUUGGACCAAAUUCCAAAACAUGUUCUCGACCAUGUCUGAUGUUUUGGUAUAUAUACCCGCUGUCCGUUCAUAUUACCGACAAAUGUUACAGGAAAUGUAUGAUGAUAAUAUUAUGUAUUCGGAAGUUCGCAUGAAUUUGUAUGAGUUAUAUGAUCAAAAUGGCACCACAUUUGCACCCGAACAAUCCCUUAACGUAUUAAUGCAAAUUGUUGCUGAAUUUCAACAAGUCCAUCCGGACUUUUUGGGUAUUAAAGUGAUUAUUUCGCCUAAUCGUAAUGCUGCGCCAGAGGCAAUGCAACAACGUUUUAAUACAUUUAAAAUUAAUCACUCCAAAUAUCCCAAGGAAUUAAUCGGUUUCGAUUUGGUGGGCCAGGAAGAUACUGGCAAGCCCUUACACGAAUAUGUUAAUAUUUUGAAACAAAAACCCGAAACAGCUAAAUUCUUUUUCCAUGCUGGGGAGACAAAUUGGUUUGGUGGCCCCAUCGAUUACAAUAUACUUGAUGCUCUGUUAUUGAACACCACACGUAUUGGUCAUGGUUAUGCCCUAAUGAAACAUCCAUUGUUAUGGAAUACGGUAAAAGCACGUGAUAUAGCGUUGGAAGUAAAUCCUCUAUCAAAUCAAAUAUUACAUUUAGUAUGGGAUUUACGAAAUCAUCCGGGCACCUUCUUUAUGGCCGAAAAUAUACCAAUUGUUAUUUGUAAUGAUGAUCCGGGAUUUUGGAAUGCCAAGGGAUUGAGUUAUGAUUUUUAUUAUGCCAUUAUGAGUAUGGCGCCCAAUUAUGCUGGACUAAAGACUCUAAAACAAUUGGUAUGGAAUUCGGUGAAAUAUUCCUCAUUUGAUGAGGCAGAGCGGCAAAGGGCAUAUCAGCUGUUACAAAAGAAAUGGGAUGAAUUUAUUGAAAAUGUCCUCAGUCAUCAGUGA